AAAGGUAAUCGUCCCAGCGGGCCUGUUGAUAGUCAGGUUGUUUAGUUAUAACAGGACUUGUUUUGGAUGUGAGUAUUGAUCCCACAGAGAGAGAGAGGAGGGAGUUCACCCUCUGAGCCGAGGUAUUCUCCUCACACACUCGGAGGAAGAUGGCUGCAGGGUUGCUGCUUCUCGUUUGUGCUGGAGCUGUUCUGUACUCUGCCGGGGCCCAGGACUCUUAUGAUGGGCUGCCUAAUUAUCAGAAAAAGGGAGUGGAUCUGGCGUUAGAGCAGCUCAACACCCAUGCAGGGGUACACCACCAUUUCCGCUUCUUAAGAAGUCUGGAGAAGUCAAGUAUUGAGUCUGGAUAUGUUGUGCGGUAUCUCUACCACCACUUUUACCUGAAACCCACCAGGUGCGCCAAAGGAACAACUGACUCAAACCCUCAGACAUGCCCCUUCAGGAAUGACAGACCCCUGAUGGACUGUGCAGCUUGCUACGAAACUACAGGAGACAAGAUAGAAUUGAAUCCCACGCCGUACGUUCACUGCAUCCAGAAACCAAGAUUAACUCAGGAAAUUAGGACAGCCAGGACGGAUCAUUGCAGAAAAAUGGCUUCCAAUGCUGGACCCUUCCUUCCACUGACUCCUUGCCGGGGCUGAUGAUAAAGGUGACCAAGCUGGGUUUUUUGGGGGGGCAAUCGUCAUUUUAUUUUUUGCAAACAAGAGUGACAGAGAGAGCUGCUGCGGUGCUCUUCAGCUGGUUAGCUGGCAGCCGGUGCACAGAAAAGACAUCAUACUCUGUGAAUUAAGGAUUUAUUUUGUCCAAACCAGCGUUGGUGGUUGAUUAGAACAGCUAAAAGACUAAGAAAGACUCAUUUGGUGAUUUUAUAUUGGGGCAUAGCGGUGCCUCAUCAGCGACAGGAUGGGUGUUUUACACAAAAACCCAGAUGCCGUCAUAUACCAUAUACCCCAAUGUAAUGUAUGUAAUUGAUGUGCCAAUUCUCAUGAUCAUUUCCUGCAGAUUUCUCUUCCAGGCUUUACUUAUAAUAUAAAAACACAAAUGUUGCAAAAAACCUUCCACAUUCAAAAUGUAUUUUUGUUAUGUUUUCCAUCAGUAAUGCUGGUGAUUUAACCUCACUUUAACCUCCUCUUUACAGUGAUAAAUGAGCUCCUUUUUUUCUCACAAAGUCACUGUGUUCCACAUGAUGAAAUAAAAAAAACAAAAACAAC